AUGGACGCGCCGCGCGUCCCCUGGAACUACACACUGCCUAACGGGAACGUCGCUGUUACGAUGGAUGCAUGUUUCCAAAUGUUACGUGAUCAGGGUAUCCCACCCGUGCCGGAGCCAACCGACGGUAGUUUGUGGUGUAAUGCCACAUAUGAUACGGUUCUUUGUUGGCCGCCGACGCCAGCAAACACAAGCAUCGUGCUACCGUGUCCUCCGCUCAAGGGACUUGAUCCAACCCGUCACGUAGUAAAGUCGUGCGACCGAUAUGGUCGAUGGGCUGGAAAGUCGGAAGGCGUGUACGAGAAUCCGUGGGGAAAUAUCACGAAGAAAUGCCAUUGGACUGGAAAUUGGCAAGGACGCACCGAGAACGACUUUGCCAGAGAUCACGGCUGGACAAAUUUCACCAUGUGCUAUACGGAUGAAGUGAUCUACAUCAUGAAUAACCUCAACAACGAAUCGCUAGGGAUUGCACAAGAGGUCGCCAGGAACGCCCGGAAACUCGAAUUUGUCGGGUUGGGGUUGUCCUUAGUCAGCCUUAUUGUUUCGAUCGGAAUAUUCUCGUACUUCCGACGUCUCCGGGUCUUUCGUAAUAUGCUGCACUUACAUUUGAUGAUUGCUAUACUUAUGGUGGUCAUUAUUCGCCUUGUUCUAUACAUUGACCUGAUUUUUACUGGAAGCCAUGGCCCACACCAAAGUCCAUCGGAUGGGAAAACCAUAAACACUAUGCCAUUCGUCUGCGAGGCCAUGUACUUUCUUCUUGAAUAUUUCAAGACUGUUGCUUUUGGCUGGAUGUUUUUGGAAGGUUUUUAUUUACACAAUCAGCUGGUGCUCACUGUUUUCAAUUCGGAACCGCGACUGACACCAUACUUGCUAGCUGGAUACGGUAUUCCCCUACUGCACACUUUGAUAUGGCUCUUUGUAGUCUUGAUAAAGAAAGACUUCAAGGUGGAAAGAUGUUUGGGGUCGUACUAUCUGGAGCCCGAAUUCUGGAUUCUCGAUGGUCCACGAAUGGCUGAAUUAGUAGUGAAUCUUUUCUUCAUUUGCAAUGUGAUUCGGGUGUUAUGGUCAAAGGUGCGGGAGAGUCACAGUACAAGUGAACUUGAUAAGAUGAAGAAAAGCGUCAAAGCAGCACUGAUGUUGAUCCCAUUGCUUGGUAUACCGAACAUUAUGCAAACCAUCCCGUUCGCUCCAACGCGAGAUAACAUUACGGUAUUGAAAUCCCAUUUUUUUGAAAAUAACUGCAGUUGCAAUAGA